UGCAUUUUGAGUAAAUGUUUUUUCUAACCUCCUCCUCCUCCUCCUCCUCCACCUUAAUUACUUAGCUUCCACCUAUCUCCCAUCCGUAAGAGAUAAUAUUGAAUAUCAUUUGUGUUAAAAAAUAGGGAGAUAGCAGAGAGAUACGUAUGUGAAAUAGUGAGAUUGUUUGGUAAUUAUAUAUCGUCUUCACAAAGUUUGAUUGCAUUGUAGUACGUAGGUUGAUGUUGAAUAUAUAUCGAUAUCGAUGUAUGGAUGUUAGAUAAUCCUAAAAAUGACAACAGCUAUACGAGCUCGAUCGCUUAGGGGACCGCCAGAGAGAAUAACGGAGGAGCCAAUAACCCUAAAGAGUUCCCUAUGCACGGUAACAAGUGUAUUUCUAACAAACAUAGCAGGGUAUUGGAGAAAUGUUAGUGUAUUGUGGUGUAAGAAUCUAAUGAAUAUAUCAUUUAGCAUAAUAAUAGAUGGAUUUGAAGGUGAAAUGGAAAGGCAAAGUACAUGUAAGGUAGAGCUGAAACCGUGGCAUUUCUGGAGCAAGAAAGGUUAUAAAUCAUUUGAGAUGGAUCAGAAUAAAUUAGCAGAGGAAGCAGGACACCAAUUGGACGUGUAUUGGGAUCUUAGAUCUGCAAAGUUUGCAGGGAGUAGCCCAGAGCCAUGUUCAGAUUAUUAUGUAGCCCUAGUAUCUGAUGAAGAAGUUGUACUAUUACUAGGUGACUUUAAGAAAAAGGCAUAUAAACGUACAAAGAAGAGACCAGCCCUAGUAGAUGCAAUACAAUCCUUAAAGAAGGAGACUGUGUAUGCUAAGAAGAGUUUUUCUACAAGGGCUCGUCUCACAGAAAACAAAUGGGAACAUGACGUGGUUGUGGAAAGUUCAACAACUGGAUCUAAAGAUCCAGAAAUGUGGAUUAGUAUUGAUGGGAUUGUACUAAUCCAUAUCAAGAAUUUACAAUGGAAGUUUCGAGGGAAUGAAACUGUCGUUGUUAACAAAACACCGGUACAAGUAUUGUGGGAUGUACAUGCAUGGCUGUUUUGUAGUCCAGGAACAGGGUAUGGAUUAUUCAUAUUCAAGCCAGGAACACCCGAAGUUGACACUGAUAAGGAGGGAAGCAAAUCCAGCAAUAGGAGCGGAGCUAGUGACAAUAGUUGUGCUAGUAUGUUUUAUUCUACACAAACUACUCAAACCAAAAUUGUUGAUUUUUGCCUUUUAUUACAAGCUUGGAAAACUGACUAAACUUGUACUUGUUUUUACUUUUAUUACCAUUUCUUAUCUAUUUGUAUCUUUUAGUUUUAUUACUUUAUCUAUUCUUAUGUCUUUCUUUAUACUCCCUCCAUCCCAUAAUACAAAUACAUGCACCGAUUUCACUUUUUGCACUAUU